UAUAACAACAACAGACUUGGCGACAGUGAAUGAUAUCAUCCAGAAGUUACUCCCUAUGAUAGGAAUGCCUAGGGCUCAAGAUUACCAAAUGUGGUUCUGUCGUGACUAUGAGAAAACCCCAGGCCUACUCCAAGAGCGUGAGCAUCCCUAUGACAUUAUAAUGAGGAACAGCCUAAAUACCUUCAGUCGAAGGGAAUCAGGAAAUGUCACAGCUUUUCCUGCCCUGCCUGGGCUGUAUGUGGAACAACCAGAUAUCCAGGGACGAUUCAUCCUAAAGCCCAGAGAAGCAGCAAGAAGUCAGAAGCAGAGCGACACAGAGGAGCCAAGAGCUAAGAAAAGACGGCCUUUCAAAUCUCGGUUGUUCCACAGGGGCUCUGUGCUUCACCAGGACCAAUUGUGCACAGCCCUGCCAGUUGCUAAGCCAGGAAAACUCUUUGGAAAUGAUCUGACUGCCAUUUGUGAGGAUGGCAAUCUGCCCACAGCAAUUCUGGUAGGUCUCACAUGGUCCUUCUCUGGCUGUUUUAAGGACAAAAUCCUGCUUCUCCUAAAUACCCACCCCUUCGAGUCUAUCCUCAAGUGGAGAAACAAGUGUGCAUCAAAUCAUUGGCUUAAGAUUAGGAAGGAAUUUCUUCAAAAUAUACCAGGCAGUGUGCUGACGUCUGGACUUUAUGAUGAAUGGCUUGGUGUCCCUGACCAAGAGUGUGAAGAGAAGAAAAAGGUCGCGGCGCGGAGUCUUUUAGAGCAACUACCCCAACCGAAUGUCUUUCUUUUGAAAAAACUUUUCGGGAUAUUAUACAAAAUUGAGCAAAACUCUGAACUCAACCAUAUGACAUCAUCAAAUUUAGCUGUUUGCAUCGCCCUGAGUAUUCUAUGCCUGCCCGGUUCCUGCAACUCGGAACUGGCAGAUGUCUCCAGAAAGAUUUCUCUGGUCGGUUUCCUAACUGAGAAUUAUCCAAAAAUAUUUGGAGAAGGCCAUCCAGUUCAUCAUGAGAGCCCAUCGGUUUACUCUGAUGGGGAGAACACUUACAAUGCCUUUACCACACAAACUGACAAAAUUGUGAUGGAAGAGAAUGAGUGUGAAGAAGACCCCUGCCCCAGGGGCAGUACAUGCCCCACAGGCAAUGAUGUAGAGCCCGGAAGUCCAACUGCUCCUUGUCACAAUGAAGACAUGCUCUCUACUACUGAUGAAAAGGGAUCAUAUGCGGAGAAAAUCUUCAGAACGAUAGCCAACAAAUCCUUCUGAACUCUCAAAGGAAAGCUUUGUGCUGUUGAUGAAGUAAGCUCGAGCGAGCAAUCUGUCCUGGUUGCAGCAUCGGUCUUAAAGUAUUAG